GUGACAAGUGAUAAGUGACUUUUGGAGCAAAUGAGGUUAAGUUGUGCCGAUAUUGUCUCUUUUACUAAAUAAAGGUAUAUUCAACAUCUAUCUGCGAAACAUUUGUUCCUCUACUGUCAAUCAUGACGCUCACAAAUAAGAUGGAUAUCGAUGAGAAGAAUGCUAAAGGUGAAGGCUUUAAACCAUAUUACAUUACGAAGAUUGAGGAAUUGCAAUUAAUUGUUGCUGAAAAAAGUCAAAAUUUAAGGAGAUUGCAAGCGCAACGUAAUGAACUCAACGCGAAAGUACGCAUGCUACGGGAAGAAUUACAACUCCUACAAGAACAGGGUUCCUAUGUAGGAGAAGUAGUUAAACCCAUGGAUAAGAAGAAAGUCUUAGUCAAAGUACAUCCAGAAGGCAAAUUUGUAGUAGACAUAGACAAGAACAUCGACAUCAAUGACGUGACUCCAAACUCGCGUGUCGCUCUACGCAAUGAAAGUUAUACUCUGCAUAAAAUACUGCCGAAUAAAGUUGAUCCACUUGUCUCUCUUAUGAUGGUAGAGAAAGUGCCGGAUUCUACGUAUGAAAUGGUUGGAGGUUUGGAUAAACAGAUAAAGGAGAUAAAAGAGGUCAUAGAAUUGCCGGUCAAGCAUCCAGAAUUGUUUGAUGCUCUUGGAAUCGCGCAGCCUAAAGGUGUAUUGCUAUAUGGACCACCAGGCACCGGCAAGACCUUACUUGCAAGAGCAGUCGCGCAUCAUACUGAGUGCACCUUCAUUCGUGUAUCUGGAUCGGAGUUAGUUCAAAAGUUUAUUGGAGAGGGUUCGCGUAUGGUUCGUGAGCUUUUCGUCAUGGCAAGAGAACAUGCACCGUCUAUAAUAUUUAUGGAUGAAAUUGAUUCCAUUGGAAGUUCCCGGAUUGAAUCUGGAUCCGGUGGCGAUAGUGAAGUACAACGUACCAUGUUAGAAUUGCUUAAUCAAUUAGAUGGUUUUGAAGCAACGAAGAACAUAAAGGUCAUUAUGGCUACAAACAGAAUUGAUAUCUUAGAUCCAGCAUUAUUGCGACCCGGGCGUAUCGAUCGUAAGAUCGAAUUUCCACCUCCAAAUGAAGAGGCUAGAUUGGACAUUUUGAAGAUUCAUUCUAGGAAAAUGAAUUUGACACGUGGUAUAAAUCUUAGAAAGAUAGCUGAACUUAUGCCCGGUGCAUCAGGAGCAGAAGUCAAGGGUGUUUGCACAGAAGCUGGAAUGUAUGCUCUUAGAGAACGUCGAGUUCACGUAACUCAAGAAGAUUUUGAGAUGGCUGUAGCAAAGGUGAUGCAAAAGGAUUCGGAAAAGAACAUGUCAAUCAAGAAAUUAUGGAAAUAAUCAGCUUUGCAAUUUUUUCAAAUCAUACUAAUAAUAUAUUAUUGUACUUUUUCUUAAGCGAAUUUUAAUCAAAUAGCAAAAGCAAUGUAUUUAACAUACAAAUUUCAUUCAUAAAAUUAGA